UUCCAGGACCUUUACAAUGGCUCUACAGUACCACAUGAUAUUGCUGCAGCGGUAAAACACGAAAAGAUUGCGAUGCGAGCAGACAGCUGCAUUUACGCCGAUAUUGGUUUACAAGAACAAGUCCUCGAAAUGCUACUAUCUUUUCAUCCGUUCUAUCUGCGUCUGGGCCUCGAAACAGUCCUAUCACUCCAAAUCAAUACUGGAAUGGAUGGCACGAAUUAUUACAAAAUUUUGGCUUCGAUAGUUGCACAGAAUCUCUUCAGAAGUCCAAAAAUUAUGAAAGAUUCAAGAUAUGUGCAAGGACGAGCAAAGACUAUUGUUCGUAAGGAAGGUGCAAAAGCUCUUCAGCAACAUUUCCUCACCAAAAUAUGCCAGUUUUUGUUUAUUAUAAGCGAAGCAAGGAAUGACGAUGUAAUUUCACUGAAGCACCGAUGUCUCUUUGUUAAAUCUUCAUCUUACAAAAGUUUCACCGAUGUACUAGCGAUGUUGAGCCGAGAGCUGAUGACUGGUGCGAUCAAUUUGCCGAAGGUGCUUUCUCAUUUGGGCGUAACAUUGACAUUCAAACAAGGAUUCUUUGACGAAAUCGAUUAUCAUGUCAAAAAUUUAUCAAAAGAUCUGUGCGAUGGAAUAAUUCUUGGGUAA